CCUUGACGGCAAGUCGCAGUGCAGAAGAUUUGGCGAGCGUUGAAUUUAGGGCGAUUGCAAUAAUAUUUAUUUUAGUAUAAUAAUCAUUCGUUCUACUAGGGACCUGUGCUACCACUAGCGAAAAACAUUAAUUACCCAACUAUACAUGUGAAACUCAUGAAGGAGAAAGGCAUUUGUCGCUAGGACGAUCAUGUUUUGUGACAAAACUAAUUGUUGAUUUCAAUAGCCUGACACUGCAUUCCAGAUAGCAACUGUAUUGCUUAGUUUUAAUAAAUGUUCACCAUUUGUCCGGAUUUUCUAGCAAAGUCUUCAUAUUCACUAGAUCGGAUUAACCGGCGUAAUAUUACUGUCACUGAAAAGUGCAUAUUCUAGAAACCAUCCAGAUAGCCGUCAUUUGUUGUAAAAAGUUGUUACCGGGUUUUAAAUUGUAUUACCGUUGCAUAAAACGUAGAAGCCUGUGCUUGGUUGCAUAAUUGUAACUACUUUUAUAUGUAUAUUGCAUCGUAAACGUACUAAGUGUUUGGAUUAUAAACGAACGAAAGCAUUUCUUCAAGAUGCCAUUAUUUGGAAAGAAAGAUUCCGGAAAGAAAGUGCGCAAGGAUGCUAAAGAAGUCGAAAAGCAACCAAGCAUCGAGGACAAGUACGUUAUAAAGGAAUUACUUGGCACCGGAGCAUUUUCGGAAGUACGUCUUUGUGAGCAUCGCGAAACGGGACAGGCGUUUGCCGUUAAAAUUAUCGAUAAGAAAGCUUUGAAAGGAAAAGAAGACUCAUUGGAGAAUGAAAUAAGAGUGCUUAAGCGAUUUAGCGCAAAAAGACAAGAAAAUGAUCCUGAUAGGACUUGGUUCACUCAUCCAAACAUAGUGCAACUGUUUGAAACGUACGAAGAUAAAUCAAAAGUCUACUUAAUCAUGGAACUGGUCACUGGCGGUGAACUGUUUGAUCGUAUUGUGGAAAAAGGAUCGUAUACAGAAAAAGAUGCAUCUUAUUUGAUUCGUCAAGUGCUUGAAGCUGUAGACUAUAUGCAUGAACAAGGCGUAGUACAUAGAGAUUUGAAACCUGAGAAUCUAUUAUACUAUAAUCCCGCAGAGGACAGCAAAAUCAUGAUCAGUGACUUUGGGUUGUCGAAGAUGGAAGACUCAGGUUUUAUGGCUACGGCAUGCGGGACUCCUGGCUACGUAGCACCUGAGGUGUUAGCGCAAAAACCGUACGGCAAGGCAGUGGAUGUUUGGAGCAUAGGAGUAAUAUCGUACAUUCUAUUAUGUGGUUAUCCACCAUUUUAUGACGAGAAUGAUGCCAAUUUAUUUGCACAAAUUUUAAAAGGAGAGUUUGAGUUCGACUCCCCCUAUUGGGAUGAGAUAAGCGAGUCAGCAAAAGAUUUUAUCAGGAACCUGAUGUGUGUGAAUGUAGAGAAAAGGUUUACGUGUAAACUGGCGCUUGCGCAUCCUUGGAUUUCCGGAAAUGCAGCUAGCAGUAAGAACAUCCAUGGAACCGUUUCCGAGCAGCUUAAGAAAAAUUUUGCUAAGUCACGUUGGAAGCAGGCCUAUCACGCAGCUACUGUUAUACGUCAAAUGCAACGAAUGGCUCUGAGUAGUAGUGGAGGAGCAUACGGACGCAGUUCGUCCCAGCUGAACGCUGCUGCUGUUAAUGCUACGGCAGAGCAAGAUGCUGCAUCUGGCAGCAAGUAAAAUAUUGGAAUCGCUUGAAAUUGUUGCAAACGUUACAUCGCAGAAACACAGCUAUAUCAUGACAUAAAGGUGUUCAUACACUGUUUGUGGCUAAGUAACCCUCAGAAUUCGAUGUUGUCCUUAAAGAUCUGUUUAUUUGUAAUUUCUGCAAAUUUUGCUCUCUUUUUAUAACUAUCUGUUACAUUCUAGCGUACAUAAGUGUAUGUUCUUAAUCGAUGAAAACCAUUUAUUUUUGUUAUGUUUAAUACAAUACUUUUUAAUGUUGAAAAUAGAUUUGGGAUUUUAUCUAAAA